UCUUACAAGGGCUGUGAGGAGAAGAUGCGCGGGAAGGUGCAUGACUAUUACCUGCCAAAAGAGAGAGGAGAGAACGAAGAUUUCAACCAGGCUUGGACCGCUGCUGAGAACCAUUACACAAAAAAAGGAAAACUGUCUAAAAACUAUUCCCUGGCAAUCCAGGUGUAUGUGAAUGCAACAUCCAACGUCUACAAGUCAUUCAACGCUGCCACUCGUACCCAAAAGGAGAGCUACACCACAACAUUCCAGUACCACUCCCUGCACUUCCUUCUGACCAAUGCUUUACGAAUCCUGAACAAGAAUAAUAAGCGUUUCCAAACAUUCCGAGGAACCAACGUGUCUUUCCACGGAGUCCGAAAUACUGAAAUGCGAUUCGGACAGUUCACCUCGAGCUCUUUAGACAAGAAAAUCACUAAACACUUUGGAAAUCGCUCCUGUUUUGAGGUCACCACCUACUUUGGUGCCCCACUGGGGGAGUACGCAUCUCAGAUGGCUCAUGAGAAGGAGGUGCUGAUUCCUCCCUACGAGGUGUUCAAAAUUACAGAGGUGCUGAAGAGAACAGACAAGAAAGACCUCUGGUGUGAUGUCGUUUACAAAUUGCAGAGUACUAAGAAAGGAAAAAGUGACCUGAAAUGCCAGAUGGUUGGACCACUCCAAGGAGAGUCAAAUUAA